UUUUUUAUUCCAUAAUAUUUCUCCUAUAAUAGUUCAUAAUUCGUUUUGUGUCAUUUGUGUGAGCUGUGACUUACCAAGUUUUAUAUUGUGAAUUAUAGGAGUGCGAAUGUAUAAUAAGUGUAUUGUGUAACUCUUGAAACUUUUUAUUGACAAUUUUCAUUUAUAUUCAAGUCGACACGAUUGUGAACACUUAUCGUGCUUCUAAAGUCAUAAUUUAAAUUGGAAAUGGCUACAGACGUAUUAACAUCUUCUGGUGCGGAGAUUCGUGAGAAUUUGUUUCAGGUGACAACGGCUGUCAAGUUUCUCUCGAACCCCAACGUGCAGAGAUGCACAUUGGAGAGCAAAGAGAGAUUUCUGAGGAGCAAGGGACUCUCCGAUGCGGAAAUACACAGAGCGAUAGAGAAAUGCGGAGAGAUGUUGGACAUACCAACGUUAUCGUCAGAGCUGAUGCUGUUUCAAAAUUCAAGAAAGUCUUGGUUCAGAGAAAGGAUUCUACCCUUGAUAGUAUACGGCGGAUUCGUUUAUGGCUGUUAUUGGUUUUAUAAGAACUGCAUCAGGCAUCUUCUGUUCGUCGAACAGCCGAAACGUAAAACAACAGCGGAGUGUAUUGACGAGUUACGGAAAUCAUUGGACGUUAUGAACGCGAGCAUAUCCUCAUUGAGGGGUGAGGUCCAGUCUUCCGUCAAGCAGAGCGCUCUGGGAUCGCAGCUAGACAACUUGAAAUCUGAUAUAGCGUCAGUGAAAGGAAUUUUGCUCAAUCGAAACCAGUUUCCUACCCUCAAAACACGCACAGAGCCGCCUUCAAUACCGGCAUGGCAGCGUCAGUCGGAAGAGGCGACUUCCACAGAGGCAGCUGAAGAAAAGAAGAAGCCACACAGGAGUCGCAGCCAGCGAUCCGAGUCCGGUGGUUCUAAUUCUAGUGAAGGAGAACAGGCUACGAAGAAUAGCGACAGCAGCUUGGAGAUCAUAACGUGAAGUUAGAGACUUGUGCAGAAAAGUACAGAUAGGUGUUUAGUCGGACGUUGUAAUAUUUGAUUAGUUAUUGCUAUUAAAAUCAUUUGCUAAUUGUGAUAAUUCGUAUUUAUGAUGUUCCUCGUAUAAGAGUACUUUACAAGCGAAAAACAAUGCAUUGUUUUGUUGUAGAAAUCGGUUUUUCAAUUUGUAACUUGAUGACAAAUAAUGUGAGUUUUUAAUAUUAUUAAAAUCAUGUCUUCAAAUUUUUUACACUCUUAGGAUGUUUCGAUGUUGUUACUCGAAGAAUAAAAAUAAAAUAGUUUUAUAAUUUAAAAGAAGAAUAUAUGUAUAUUACCCGGGCAAUAAUAAAAAUUAAAAUGUUAACAGAGAGAAUUGAAAGUCAUUUUACUUACAGAUUAUAAAUAUUUUAUCAUCUGUGAAUUUGAACCUUUAUUGACAAAAAUGCAUUAAUAUAAAUCGAAUUAAAGAAACAAAAUUACUAAAGGCUAAAUACGCAUACUACCAUAGUAAGUUGUUUUAUAAAUUCCUUAGAUAUAUAUUCAUUAGAUAUAAUGAUCAAAAUUGAAAAAAUGUAUAUUCUACUUUUAAAUAAAUUUUAUAAAAAAUGUCUCGUGAAUAUUUGUGGGCAGGCAUGUUUUUUAAGUGAUUUGUUUUUUUUUUUUUUGGUUAAGGUAAUUUCAAAGUCAACUAUAGCGUAAAUACAUGUGUAAUAUUUGAGUAAAACAUUUUCGAAAGGCUUAAUUUUUGGCAGAGUUGAACUCUAUUUUUCUUUGCAAACUCUUAUUUAACUUUACCUAUUAAUUGAUUUUGUGAGCAUGCAAGUCGCAUUAAUAACUUAUGUUUUCUCCAAUAUUGAAGUGAUUAGUAUGUGUUUCGUCAAGUACAAUAACUUUAAAAAAAAAGGCUUAAAGAGUUCUUCCAUGAUUUAAUUAAUUAUUAAUAUAAAGUUAUAUAAACAUGACUACGAUUCUGUUUAAUUUAUUAAGCGUUUUUAAUCUGUCUACCAUAUUAGAUUACUGGUGACAUCAUAUUAUAUUAAUUAAAAAUCAUCAGAUUUCAUUAGCAACGCACAUAUAUAAACAUUUGAUUUUUUUGUUA